GGACAAAACGCUGUCCAGUCAUCCACAUUUGAAGACCAUGCAACAGCCGGAAAGGCCACAGAUGGUAACAAAGAAUCAGUUUACAAGAAGAUCUCAUGCACUCACACUACAUAUGAGCAAAAUCCCUGGUAGAGUGUGGACUUGAAGCAUGUCUACAAGGUAACCAAGGUUACCAUCACUAAUCGUGGGGACUGUUGUGAGGAGCGGAUAAAUGAUGCUCAGAUCCGUGUUGGCAACAAUUGGAUUAGCAACGGCAAUAUCAACCAAAAUCAGCUGGCUGAAGUAAUUUUGAGCAUGCCAUUGGGAGCCACAGAAACAUAUACAUUCAGGCCUAUUGGAGGCCAAUUUGUUGACAUUGUUCUACCUAGGCAAGGAAUUCUCACUUUAUGUGAGGUUGAAGUAUUUGCAGAAAAAGAAGACAAAGGGUCCAAAAGGAAUCUUGCUCUCGGACACAACGCUGUCCAGUCAUCUACAUAUGAAGACCAUGCAACAGCCGAAAAGGCUACAGAUGGUAACAAAGAAUCAGUCUACAAGAAGUUCUCAUGCACUCACACCAAAUAUGAGCAAAAUCCCUGGUGGAGAGUGGACUUGAUGGAUGUCUACCAGGUAACCAAGGUUGUCAUCGCUAAUCGUGGAGACUGUUGUGAGGAGCGGAUAAAUGGUGCUCAGAUCCGUGUUGGCCAUUGCACAAAUAACAACGGCAACAACAAUCAGCUGGCUGAAGUAAUUUUGAGCAUUCCAUUGGGAGGCACAAAAACAUUUGUGUUUCAACCUAUUAGUGGCCGAUAUGUCAACAUUUAUCUUCCUGGGGAUGGUAAAAUUCUCACUUUGUGUGAGGUUGAAUUAUAUGCAGAUUAAGUGGGAUGAGAUG